UUCAAGUCGAAUGCAGUCUUAUUGUGAUGCCAUAAGGUCGGAGGUGAGAUGGGGGCAUACGGCAGUCUGGGAGGCUACUAAGUGGGCAGAGGAGUGGAAGCAUCAGUGCUUGUCCGCGCCUCGCCCCGGUCAGUCGUCAGUUGCUCCACGAUGGCCCUCCGCUACCUCCUCGCGUGUGUGCUGGUCGCCGCCGCCGCCGCCACAGACGUCAGCCAGUGCCCAGGCAAGUCGGUGGAGAACCUGACGAGCGACGUGAAGCUGGAGAAGUGCGCGGCGCCGCCCUGCCGCCUCAAGAAGGGCACCAACCAGGCCAUCACCGUCAGCUUCACGCCAGACAAAGACAUGUCGGACAUCCGCAACCACGUGACGGCCGAGGUGUUCGGCGUGAAGCUGCCGUUCGUGGGCGUGGACGGCGCCUCCAUCUGCGGCAAGCUCGAGACGGAGAGCGGGGAGAAGGCCAGCUGCCCGCUGAAGGCCGGCACCCGCUACCUGUACCGCGACGCCUUCCCCGUGCUUAAGGUGUACCCCACGCUGUCCACCAAGGUGCACUGGGCGCUGCAGCACAACAACAAGGACGUCGUCUGCUUCGAAGUACCCGCCAGGAUCAGCUAAACAAAAGAACGCGAUGACGCAGCAAAAAUUGACGUCUUUAAAAAUGUAUUAGGGUAAUGAUUUUGUUUUGUCUAUGCCAUGAGAAUGAUCGAAAUAGAAUCGUCAAGUGUAGGCCUAUAAUUCUAUGACUAGGUAAGGAUGUGUGUAUGACAAAGAUCGCGGAAACGCAGUACUGUGACUUUGUUUAACGUGACUAUUAUACUAAGUAGUAUUGAGAAUCGAUUAAAUAGUUUUUAGAUUUAAGACACUAAUGGGAAUAUAAUAUAUUUAUAUUUUUAAUAAG